CCAGGCAACUUCGUCGGGCACACAACAGAGCCGAGCAGCAGAGCCCAAGCAGAGCGUAGAGCAGAGGAUAAGCCAGGCCAAGCUCGGGACGGAGCAGGGCAGAGCAGCGCAGCGCGCACACUGACUGCUGACACUCGCAGCUAGCCAGCAAAGUCAACCUCAAGCCGGGCCCCAGUUGCAGCAGCGCAACCAAAGCAUUUGCACAGACGCACGGCGCCGCGACGGGCUCCACCGCGUGCCAAACUAAAGGAGUAACGGAGUUUUCUUAUCAGUUGCCUUGGCCAUCGAUCGCACUGCUGCUGCUGUUACCGUUGCUGUCGCUGUCGCUAUUGCUGUUCCUUUCACUCUCACUGUGAGGACUAGUCACUCGAAUCAAAUGUUAGUUAGUGUUGUUGCGCGCGCUGAACAGAGCGAGGGCUAGACCUCGCAAAAGUUGUGCUUGUCCUUGCUUAGGGCUAGAGCACCUAGCACUAGAACACUCUCCCGCUGAGAGUGUGCCGUGUCGUGUGCGUGUGAGUGUGAGUGUGUUGGGUGUGCGUGCUAAUGGCCUUGUAAUGUGUGUUCAAAGCUAAUCGUUAUGCAAUUGCCUCGCGUCUUUAUCGGAUUCCAGUGAAAUGAUGUCUUUGAAACGUUAUGCAACGCUGCUCGCGGCGGUCACUCCACAGAAUCCGCCCAAUGCAACAACAAGAGCGGUCUCAACAGUCAUGUCCAUAACAACCAUUGCCCCAUCAUCAUCAUCAUCCGUCGCUCCAAGCAGCAGCAGCACCAGUCGCAACGAGGAGUCCCAGUCCCAGUCGCUGGAGCAUGGCACCAGCUCAUCCUCAUCAUCCUUUACCACCUACUACAGCAGCGGCUUGGGUCUGUAUCAUCAGCGUGGUGUAUCCGGAUCAGCAGGCAGUGUCGGAGGCCAAGGGGGCGCAGCAGGAGCUGGCGGACCCCAGACAUAUGCAAAUGUUGUCAACGGCAACGUGAAUCUGCUGCUGGGCGGCGCCAUGCUCUCCCUGGUGACAACCAUAUUGUGCGUCGUCUGCUAUUGUUGCCACCGCAACAUCAAAAAGCGCACAGAGGCCGCCUACAGGCAGCAGCAGCAUCAAUGGCUGGAGACGGAUCCCAAUAUGGAAAUCUAUAGCGUUGAGCAGCGCCAUGCUCUCCCUGGUGACAACCAUAUUGUGCGUCGUCUGCUAUUGUUGCCACCGCAACAUCAAAAAGCGCACAGAGGCCGCCUACAGGAAAUCUAUAGCGUUGAGCAGUGCUACGAGACAUCUGGACUAUUCCUGGGCGACUCCACAGACGGACUGUCCGUUAUGCCGACCCUGCACCACGAGCCGCCGCCCUCCUACGAUGCGGUGGUGCUGCACGAGCAGCAGUUGCUGCAGCAACAACAGCAGCACCAGCAGCAGCUGGAGCAGCUCCAGCUGCAGCAGCAGCAGAUCCUGAUGCAGCGGAUCUCGCCCCCGCCCGGCUAUCGAUCCUCGCUGGACAUCAUCACCCACCACCAUCCCCACGGGCCGGUCGGCGGCUGCAGUCGUGGAACGCCCGAUGGCAGUGUGGAUGCCAUGGCCAGUGGAUCGGGGGCAAUCAGAGGAGGAGGAGCAGCUGGAGCUGCAGCUGCAGCUGGAUGCGGAGCCGCGGUCAACAAGGAACUGCAGCUGGCGCUGAACGCCCAGUCCUGCUGCUCCCUGCAGCGGGCGGAGGUGGAGAGCAUGUGGAAUGCUACGGAAAUGAAGAGCAUGUGGAAUGCAGGUGCGGCUGCGGUUGCUGCCCGACGAGGAAAUUGCCUGGAAAUGGAAACACUGCCGCCACCACCAGCGGUACCUCUGGCCCUGCAGGGCAGGAAGCACGGUGGUCAGCAGGGCUUCGGGCUGAACACCUUGGGGCGUCGAUACCUGCAGCAGAGCCACCAGCACAGUCACUACCGACAGGGCUGUCCGCUGUGUGGCAAGUUCCGCUACGAGGCGGAAGCGGAAGAUGAGGUCAGCCCAUGUGCCUUGUCUGUGGAAAGCGGCCUCAAUAUGGGCUCCAUGAGGAGCAGGGAAGAGCCGCCAGAGGAUGCCAACGAAAAUAGAAUGUUGGCAAGUGCUGAGCUGGCAACAUGUCCCUGCCCCUGCUCCAACAACUGUGACAACGAGAAUGGAAACGGCAACAACAUGAUUGGCGAAGCCCAGCCAGAAGAUGAGGCAAAUGGGAAUGUCCAACCCGCAACACGGGAAGCAAUCAACGAGACAACCACCACAACCAUCACCGAUGUCAACGAGGAAAAUGACAACGCAUCUGUGGCAGCCACGUCGUCGGCCCGGAAUGAGGAGGAGCAGCCUGCUGCCAGCCAGGAUUUGAGCAACAUCAACGAGAACGGCUUUAUCAGCCUGGAUAUGAGCAAAAUCAUUGACAGAUCGGGUCUGCCCACAUAUGAGGGAGCCCUAAAGCUGGAGUCCAGUGGCUAUGUGUAGGAGACCCCGGAGGAAGAUCUCCCCUUGAGUUAGCUAUAAUCUAUAGAAACCUAAAUCACAAAUGUGCUUUAUUUAUGGAAUAAGAUGGCACUCUCUUUUGGACAGCUGUGAAAUGGCAAAAGAGUUUUUGGUUCACUCAACGCACUAGUUAAUCUGUUUGUAGUUCCUUUAGUUAAAUAGUUAAUCGUUUUGUAGUUCCUUUCUCAGGUCUGACUGAUCUCACAGAAUGGAGUAAGAUUCGUUUUGUUUAUCGUUUAUCUCAUUGAUUAUUAUACAUUAUUUUCUACUAUCAAAGAUACAAAGAACAUCCCUACAGGAUCAAUUGUAAUCAGCCUUACAUACCUUAACUUUACGAUCUCUUUGGAUCUCUGCUAAGUACACAUAUCGUUAUUCUUACGAUCCCCCAGAUCUCUCUCUAUCACUCGCUGUAAGCAAAGGAAGUACACACGUCGGCAUACGUAUUUUGACAAAGUCUACGCAACGUUUAGCGUUGAACUUUGACGAAUUGCUACGUGUUACAGCUCUCUUAUCUGACUUACCGCUAAGUACAUGAAUUCAUGAACUAUAUUGCAAAUAAUCUUCGUAGUUGCAUUUUGCGUUUUCCUAACAUGCUUCUUAUUCUCAUUCGUAAUCUGAUCUUGGCUGGACAAAAGUGUUUUGUCAGAACUUCAAUUAAUUUGCAUUAAUCUGCUUUUGAUAGAAAGCGAAACCAUUAUUACGGAUAAUCUCAGUUUAGAGAUUGUAAAUGUUUUCGUUCAAUAAUUUGUGAAAUAUGAGUAACCGAAAGGAAUUCAGUGAAUCUCUUAAAAAUUAAAUAAUAGUGAAGUUCCACUCUGGUAUUUCAGUGCAAAAUAUCAGUAGAUUAUAAUAUAUUUCACGUCAGACAAUCUGCUAUCAAAAAACAAAUUUAAAA